AAAGACAAGUUUAAAGAGCAAACGAGAAAAACCGUAAACCGAAAAGUGGUAGCGUGUGUUGUACAGUAGAGCCCACUAAAACAAAAACAGAAAAAAGAAAAGAAGGGAUGCAGAUUAAAAUAUAGCAGAAAAUGGUGCAGUGCGAUUUCUCACUCUAAUUGAACAAGUCCAUCGUAGAUCCAAUGCGAGAGAACAGUAGGGAUGAUGAUGGAGGUUCAAAGCAGCUGAAGAAGCCUCCAUUGAAGAAAACAAAGACUGUGCCUGCUUCUUCAACAACGCAUCUCAGAGUGUCAGUUGAGAAUGCGAUCGCAGUUGAGGAGCAAUGGAACUUCCCUUCCUUUCUUGGUACCAAGCCAAGGAGGAGGCGCCCUUCCCCUAACAACCUCGAUUUCUCCAAAUCACUCCCUUCCCGCUUCGAUCCCCCUCCUCCUCCUCAUCCUUCAUCGCCGCCAUCACCACCACCUCCGAUACCACCACUCACUUCCGAUACCAGCUCCAGGAGACCGCAACACCACAACCGCUCUCCCUUCUUCUAUCUGCUUUUCGUCACUUGUAUUAUUUUCGUGCCUCAUUCAGCUUAUCUACAGUAUAGGCUUGCAAAACUAGAGCAUGACAAACUUCACAUGUGCUGUGAAAUUAGUUCUUGUUCCGGCAUUGGAAGAACUCCUGUAGAGGAAAACGUUGGCUCAUUUUCUUAUAUACUGAAUGCAGACAGUAGAACAAUUGCAUUGUACAUUGUGAUGCUCACACUCAUUUUGCCUUUUCUGCUGUACAAAUAUCUUGAUUACCUUCCUCGAAUGAUCAAUUUCUUGAGGAGAACAAACAAUAACAAGGAGGAUGUACCAUUAAAGAAAAGAAUUGCCUAUAUGGUAGAUGUAUUUUUCUCCAUAUAUCCUUAUGCCAAGCUCCUUGCCCUUCUCUUUGCAACUCUGUUUCUCAUAGGGUUUGGUGGUUUGGCAUUAUAUGCCGUAACCGGUGGUAGUUUUGCUGAAGCACUUUGGCAUUCUUGGACAUAUGUAGCUGACUCUGGAAAUCAUGCCGAAACAGAAGGGACGGGCCAGAGGAUCGUAUCUGUCUCAAUUAGUUCGGGCGGCAUGCUCAUAUUUGCUAUGAUGCUUGGGCUUGUUUCGGAUGCUAUAUCAGAGAAGGUUGAUUCACUCAGGAAAGGGAAGAGUGAAGUGAUUGAAAGAAACCACAUACUCAUUCUUGGCUGGAGUGACAAAUUGGGAUCACUUUUGAAGCAGUUAGCAAUAGCAAAUAAGAGUGUUGGUGGUGGUGUUAUUGUGGUUCUUGCAGAAAAAGAAAAGGAGGAAAUGGAAAUGGAUAUAGCAAGACUAGAAUUUGAUUUCAUGGGGACUUCUGUAAUAUGUAGAAGUGGCAGUCCUCUUAUACUGGCCGAUCUAAAGAAGGUUUCAGUUUCAAAGGCACGCGCAAUCAUUGUAUUAGCUUCAGAUGAAAAUGCUGAUCAGAGUGAUGCACGAGCUUUGAGAGUUGUUCUCAGCCUCACAGGUGUAAAGGAAGGCUUAAGAGGCCAUGUUGUUGUGGAGAUGAGUGAUCUUGAUAAUGAACCCCUAGUGAAACUUGUUGGUGGAGAACUCAUUGAAACAGUUGUUGCACAUGAUGUAAUCGGACGCUUGAUGAUUCAGUGUGCUCUACAACCUGGCCUUGCCCAGAUAUGGGAGGACAUACUGGGAUUUGAGAAUGCAGAGUUCUACAUCAAAAGGUGGCCUGAAUUGAAUGGUUUUUGCUUCAGAGAUGUAUUACUUUCAUUUCCUGAAGCAGUACCAUGUGGGAUUAAGGUUGCAGCAGAUGGGGGGAAGAUUGUCAUAAAUCCGGAUGAUAAUUAUGUUCUGAGAGAUGGGGAUGAAGUCCUUGUCAUAGCGGAGGACGAUGACACAUAUGCUCCAGGUCCUCUUCAAGAGGUACGGAAGGGCUUCUACCCUAGGAAAUCUGAUCCACCUAAGUUUCCCGAGAAGAUAUUAUUCUGUGGCUGGCGCCGUGAUAUUGAUGAUAUGAUCAUGGUUUUGGAAGCAUUCUUGGCUCCUGGUUCGGAACUCUGGAUGUUCAAUGAGGUUCCUGAAAAAGAAAGAGAGAAUAAGCUCAUUGAUGGAGGACUUGAUGUUUCUGCGCUAGUGAACAUAAAGCUGGUCCACAGGGAGGGAAAUGCUGUCAUUAGGCGGCACCUGGAGUCUCUUCCAUUGGAGACUUUUGAUUCUAUUCUUAUUCUUGCAGAUGAAUCAGUGGAGGACUCUGUUGCCCAUUCUGACUCGAGAUCUUUAGCUACACUUCUACUAAUUCGUGACAUACAGUCAAGACGACUUCCAUGCAAAGACUCAACAUCGUCUUUAAGGUUAUCGGGGUUCUCUCACAGCUCUUGGAUCCGCGAAAUGCAGCAAGCUUCAGAUAAAUCAAUUAUAAUCAGUGAAAUCUUGGAUUCUAGGACUAGAAAUCUGGUGUCUGUGUCCAGAAUCAGUGACUAUGUGUUAUCAAAUGAGCUGGUUAGCAUGGCACUUGCUAUGGUGGCUGAAGACAAGCAAAUCAACCGUGUUCUUGAGGAGUUAUUCGCAGAGGAGGGGAAUGAGAUGUGCAUCAAACCAGCAGAAUUCUAUUUGUAUGACCAGGAAGAAAUAUGUUUCUAUGACAUAAUGAUCAGAGGUCGUUUAAGAAGGGAGAUUGUUAUUGGUUAUCGCCUAGCUGACGAAGAUCGGGCGAUUAUCAACCCUUCCGGGAAGUCAGUUCUCAGAAAAUGGUCUGCAGGUGAUGUUUUUGUCGUUAUAGCAUCAGGUGAUUGACAAGAGAAGGGAAGGGAAUAGUACCAUUCUUGUGCCUUGUGUAUGAUUAUGUCCUAAUUCAAGCUUACACUCUUAGUAAAUGGAUGGCCCUCCUUUUCCCUUCCCUGUCUCAAACUUGCACUGGGACAAACUGUCAACUGUUAAUAGAAGCUGGGAUUUUGGAGGAUGCUUAUACUAAUUGAAAGCAGGUAGCAACAGAGAUUUUGGCCCUUCACAUAUUCUUCAAGAUAGUUGCUAACCACUUGUGGAAUAUUAUUAUGAUUAUUGUUAUUAUUUGUAGUGCAAUGCAACUUGUGAACUAGUCUUUCAAGUUGUAUUAGGUUAACUAACAAAUAUGUAGAAGCUCUGGAUUCAUUAUUCAAUAAGAAGAUUUUGCCCUAAUUCCAAGAGGAUAUAUAUAAAGUUCACUUUGUAAUUUCUCAACU